AUGAAGAUCUUAUUGAAUUGGAGGCAAAAAGUAAAAAGUUACAAAAAGGAAGCACUCGAGUCACAAGAAACAGCUUCUUCUAUUAGUGACUCUGAAAAAGAACUUACACUAAAAAAACUUUCCAUAGCCUUUGCGAAUUUGAAGAAUGCCAUGAAAAUUUUUGAAGAAAAUGAUCCUAAUUUUGAGAGAAGUUUUAACGUUAAUAACAAAAUUUGUGCAGCCUAUCACUGUUACCAAGAUCUGUAUGAUAGCAAGAAGAAAGAAGCCAAGCAAUCUAGAAUUGAUAGUUUCUUUAGGCCAAAAGUUUAA